UCUCGCUCAUAAGGAGGACACGCGUACGUGUACGUAGCAAGCAAGCGACAGUUAUAUCCCCAUCAUCGCCCAUUGAUCUCACUUGGAAAUCGGAGUCUGAAAAAGAAUGGCGAAGAACAAUACAGCAGCAGGAGGAGCAGCAGAGAGGAAGAGGGGAAUAGAGGAAGAAUGGGGAUCGAUCCUAUCCAAACAACCACCACUCCCCGAUUUCCCUCCCCAUUUCAUCUUCGGCUCCGCCACUUCUGCUUACCAGGUUGAAGGUGCCUGGAAUGAGGGUGGUAGAGGUCCUAGUAUUUGGGAUUCUUUUUCGCAUACUGCAGGAAAAAUUUGUGAUGGAAGUAAUGGAGACAUUGCAGUGGAUCAAUAUCAUCGUUACAAGGAAGAUAUUGACCUUUUAGCUAAGUUGGGAUUUGGUGCAUAUCGUUUUUCCAUAUCAUGGUCUCGUAUAUUUCCCGAUGGUUUGGGUACAAAAAUGAACGAGGAAGGGAUUGCUUACUACAACAGUGUCAUUAAUGCUCUUCUUGAAAGGGGCAUCCAGCCAUUUGUAACUUUGUACCACUGGGAUCUUCCAUUAAAUCUUCAUGAGUCAAUGGGAGGGUGGUUGAAUGAGCAAGUUGUAAAAUACUUUGCCAUCUAUGCAGAAACUUGCUUUUCCAAUUUUGGUGAUAGAGUAAAAAAUUGGAUUACAAUUAAUGAACCUCUUCAAACGGCGGUGAAUGGAUAUGAGAUCGGGAUAUUUGCCCCUGGAAGAUGUGAACAUGCAUUGACAGAGCCAUAUUUGGUUGCGCACCACCAGCUUUUGGCCCAUGCAGAAGCUGUUUCCAUAUACAGAAAUAAAUACCAGGACAAGCAAGGAGGUCAAAUAGGCUUGGUAGUGGAUUGUGAAUGGGCUGAGGCUUUAUCCGACAAAAUUGAAGAUAAAAAGGCUGCGGCGAGGCGUCUUGAUUUUCAACUUGGAUGGUACUUGGAUCCUAUAUUUUAUGAUGACUAUCCUGAAACCAUGCGUGAAAUACUUGGCAACCGGCUUCCAAAGUUCUCUCAAAAAGAUAAAGAGUUGCUCAGGAACUCAGUGGACUUCAUUGGUUUGAAUCAUUAUACCUCAAGGUUUAUUGCUCAUACAAAGAACCACGGAGAAAAUUGUUUUUAUAAAGCACAAGAGGUGGAGAGAAUAGCUGAGUGGGAUGGGGGGGAGAUGAUUGGUGACAAGUUUGCUGAAAAAUUUUACACCUGGCAGGCAGCAUCAUCAUGGCUGUAUGUAGUUCCUUGGGGUAUCAGGAAAGUACUCAAUUACAUAGCACAGAGAUACAACAAUCCCCCUAUUUAUGUUACCGAGAAUGGUAUGGAUGAUGAAGAUAAUGACAGUGACCCUCUCCAUGAGAUGCUAGAUGACAAAUUGAGAGUUUGUUACUAUAAAAGCUACCUUGCAGCUGUUUCUCAGGCAAUUAAGGAUGGAACAGAUGUGAGGGGUUAUUUUGCAUGGUCAUUACUGGAUAACUUUGAGUGGAGUUGUGGCUAUACCAAGCGAUUCGGCUUGAUUUAUGUGGACUAUAAGAAUGGGCUUUCUCGGCACUUGAAAUCUUCUGCUUAUUGGUUCAUGCAAUUCUUGAAAGGUGGAGGAGAGGCGAAAAAUGGCAAAGAAGAGUAGUAACCACUAAACCCUCGGCAUCUCAGAUCUUUCAUUCAGCAUCCUUUCAUACCUUGCAUUCUAUGCUGGCAGAGGUUAUUUUGCCUGCUAGAUGCUCUGUCAACAUGGUUACUUUUUACUAUUAUCAUUUACUAUAUAUAUGGUUAAAAUCUGGAGUGAUAUCUGUGUACUUUCUAUUAUAGACUAUAUGUGAUAGACGCUUAGAUUAUUAUUCUGAAGUUUGUUAAACCAUCCUCCAAGAAAUUGAAAGCUAAGUCUUAGGACAGUUGGUGUUUAUCUGAAAACUCUUCUAUAUUGUGUAUUUGUUUUAUCAUCUUUGGUCUAUUUAAAAUUGGGCGAUGACUCGGUGAUAAAGAGGCCCUUCAGUCUGCUCACCAGGCCGAUCAAAACCCUGGGGGACGUCCCCGCUCGGGCCUUGCUAUAAUGUUGUUGGCUUGCAAAUUGGCAUUUUGAAUGUGAUAUUGAAAAUAUAUCAUGUGGCAA